AUGGCACAGACUCCGUCCCCUGGGACAUUGACUUUCGUAGUCGAACAUCUCGACCCCGAGCUAGGACCCUGGUCCGCCCUGGAAUAUGCAUGUAUCGCACGCGAAUCCAAAGAGUCCGGCACUCAAUUCUUAUUGACAUCCGUUCCUGAAGAACUACAGAUGCCAGAUCAUCUGGCGCGCAUGGAGGAACUCAAGCUUGAGCGGCGCAGUGUGGAGGAAAUCUUUGCAGAUCGCAAGUCGAGAGUAUGUCUGCUAGAUCCGGCUGCAGAGACGGAGUUGAGUCCGGCUGAUGGAGAUGAUUUUGAUGUGUUUUUGUUUGGUGGUAUACUUGGCGAUGACCCCCCAAGAGAUCGCACAUCUGAGCUACGAAGAAAAGGUUACGCUGGACGACGACUGGGCCCUGUCCAAAUGACCACAGAUACCGCCGUACGAGUUACUCGCAUGGUUUCACUAGAUCGAAUCCCACUGGACAAAAUCCCCUACGUUGAUAAUCCUGAACUGCGCAUCAAUGAUCAUGAAAGUACAGAAAUGCCGUUCCGAUAUGUUCGGGAUAGCCAUGGGAAGCCCAUUAUGCCUGAUGGAAUGGUUGAGUUGAUCAAAAAAGACGCCGACAAAUCUUUGGAUGAUUUGUUUUAA